AUGGUUUCUGCGUUGAUGCUCGCAUUUGCUUUAUUCGUCACAAUCAUCGAUCGUACAUAUUCCGUUGGUAUCUAUGAGCAAUGUGCCGGUGAAGGCUACGGUACAUUUCCAUGCAAUCCAGGUUUAACAUGUUUCCGACGUAACAAAUGGUAUUCAUCAUGUCAAUACAGUUGUCCGAGAAAUCUCGACUGGGAGUGUGAAACUUAUAUUGCGCCAGUGUCAACCAUUGCUGCUGGCUGGAACCAAUGUGGAGGAGAUGGCUGGCAAGGACCAAAAGUAUGUGCAGCUGGCUACGCUUGCUAUGCACGAAGUGUUCAUUAUUCACAAUGUCGUCCAAUUAAUGAUUGUCCAUUUGAUUGGGCUUGCGCUGCAUUGAUCGUAACGACCACACCACCUGUCCCCGUUGGUCCAACUGUGUUAGCUCCUUAUACUAAAUGUAACAAUGUUAUCUAUUCCAUCUGUCCAGCAGGUUAUGGGUGUUUUCGAAGCAAUAAUCUCUAUGCAGAGUGUCGGCCAAGUUGCCCACAGACAUGGGCCUGUGAAACGGACGUUCUUGGGCCAGCUGAACAAUGUGGAGGAGAAGGCUACGUUGGUGUAACGCGUUGUGUACCAGGUCUUCGCUGCUACAUGCGCAGCAAAUGGUAUUCACAUUGUGCUGCUUCAUGUCCUGGCGUCGGAUGGGCUUGUUAA